AUGAAAUCGGUGAGCGUAUUUCAGCAGCGACGAAUUCUUUUCCAGUUAGGCAAGCCUGCAGACGUUUCGGCAAAUUGGCCUAGAAGAGUCCUAGCGAGCGGACUGGCCGGAUUGUAUUCUGCCCUUCCAAGAAGGUAUGCGUCUUCUGUAAUUCCCGAUGACUGGAGCAGCCUGACCCUAACCGAUGUCAACGCCAUUUUGAAUCUCCGUACAUUUUGCUGUAUUGUUGAAUUUUGCAACGCUGUCAUACAGGUGGCACAUGAAUUGAUCAAUCAUCAGCUGAUCUCAUUUAUCUACGACGGAUUUUUCACGUCCAUACUGAAAGCAGCUCUACAGGAUAGUUCAGAAGAAGACGUAUUUGCCGUCACCGCUUACUUCGAGCUGGUCUGUCGCUUGAGCAAAGAACCGCUACUGAGGGAUUCAAUAGUGAAGCUGCUCUUAAGCGACGUAGACGGCGACGACCAACGCAUCAUUUUGGAUCUGCUUGUCGAUCGCAUUAAAACCACCAACUCUUCACUCUUCCGUAUUUCCUUGUCACUCAUGGAGACAUUGAUCGAGUUCUGCUCUGAACCGUUGAUGUUUGAACUUGUUUUUAAGUACCUGAUUUCACAAAAUCCGCUGCUCUGCUAUGUACCAAGCUAUUCGGAUGUAACAAAGGCUUACAUCGACGCGGCUGAAAAAUACUCUGUUCUGUCGUCGGCUUGUAGCAUUCAAUGCGAAACGGCACGUACUGGAAGUUCUGACUGUCAUGCUCGUCAGGCAACGUCAGACGACCCGUCGCUUCAGUACAGUUUCGUCGAUUAUUUGUGCUAUGAGGAUGCUCGAAUGGGACGAAUAGCGGCCGCGUGCUCAUCUUGGCGCUGUCCUUGCAGCACCGGAUUUUCAGAACACUGUCGCUUCUGUGUAAAUUCUGAAGCAGAAGUCAGCCAGCACGGUUCAGGCGACAGUAAGAAGAAUUGCAUCUCGGUACGCAAUCGUUUUGCGGCAUGGGAGCCGCACAUCGUGCAGCUCGGAGUUGAACUCCGCAAUUCUGUGUCGCAAAUUUGGCUAUCCUACCUUAAACUGACAUUCGUCGAAAACAGUGUGUUGAAGGAAACGCAUCUUCCAGUGGAAGAAGAAAUGAUGGGCGCCGGCGACGUAGCUUUGGAGCAUCUUAGCGAUGCGAAUAGCAUCGACGAGGAAGAUCCCCGAACACUAAUCGACCGCAUGCACGAGAGCCUCGUUAGUCGAUAUAAUCACCACUGUUCGUCAGAUGAUGCUCGCACCGUUGGCUGUUCAUCUCCAGAUUUCUCAUCGUCGAAUGCCAACACUCCUUAUAAUCGGAGAUUGCAGUUUUCGGAAACAUCGGUUCCCAGCGACUUCGGCCCGUUUCUUUCUGUGCUACUCGACAGGCUCACGUCUAUGGUGGACAACAGCCCAUUCGAAAACAUGCUCAUCACGUCUGUGAUCUGCCUCGUUGCCUGCUUCCCGUACCCAAUGAUGCGGUUGCUUCUGCCAUUCGACGCAGAGGGCAACACGUCUCGUCUCAUGCAGGUAACCGAAAUGUACAGUGUCGAUAGUUGGAUCGCUUUUGCUUGUAACCAUUAG